AUGGUGCUCUGCAGCAUGGCCAUCAUCUACACGAACGCCUGGAUCCUCGACAACAUGUGCCCCCACGCGGCGACGCUCACGGCGAUCCAGCAGGGCUUCGGCGCGGUCAUGGCCGCGCUCUGCGUCUUCGUCUUCAAGCUCAGCGAGCCCGUCGAGGGCAUGUCCGCCGGGCCCUACUGCAAGUACAUUUUGCCGCUGUCGCUGUGCUUCACGGUCUACCUCUGGGGGUCGAACGCGGCUUAUAUUUAUCUCGCGCCGGGCUUCGUGCAGAUGAUCAAGCCCAUGGGCUCGGCGAUCGUCUUCCUCGUGGCGACGGCGCUGGGCCUCGAGGAGUACUCGCACUACAAGGCCGUGAACUUUUUGCUCAUCUGCGCGGGCAUCGCCGUGACGGCCUACUCGAAGUUCGACGGGUCGCUCUCCGCCGACGGUUCUUCCCAAAACCUCGUCACCGUGGGCCUCGUCGUGCUCAUCGGCGCGUACACGGUCGUCGCGUUCUACAACACGGGCCUCCAGAUGCUCCAGAAGCGCGGCGUCGUCGCCGGGCGCUUCAACCCGAUGACGACCUUGCUCUACAUCGCGCCGGCGACGACGCUGUCCAUGGCCGCGUUCGCGGCCGCGACGGAGUGGAGCCGGCCGGACUUCCAGUGCUUCGACAAGCUGCCCCUCUGGCUCCUCGCGCUGGACUGCGGCGUCGCCUUCGUCUUCAACCUGUCGAUGAUGCUCUUCAUCGGCAAGCUCAGCGCCGUCGCCUACUCCGUCUUCGCGUUCUUCAAGGAGAUCUGCCUCGUCGUCGUCGCGUUCCUCCUCUUCUCGGAGAACAUCACGCGCUGCGAGAUCGAGGGCUACUUCGUCACGCUCGUCGCCGUCGUCGUCUGGCAGCACCGAAAGCUCGCGGGCAAGUAG